GCAGGGGUCUGGAGAGUGGGAGGAGGGAGAAAAACCAAAGAAAGGACAGAAUACGACUGGAGGGGCUGAGUGGGGGGAAAGGACCCAUCUCAAAAAAGAGAGGGACAGAGGGAGGAACACAAGCAGAGAGAGAGAGAGAGAGGGAGGGAGGGAGCAGAGAGGGUUACCUCAUAUCGAGCUGCUAGUGCACACGGUGCAGGGGAGAAGUUGUGGGAAAGUAAACAGCACAGGAGAAUUCCAAUCCCUCGAAGGAGACCAUAAAGAUGACUGGACCGGACCCGGUAGUGUGGUAAAAAACUGUGAUUUAUGGGAGGCUACCAGGAUUAAAGGGUCACCAGGGAGUGCCUGAAGCUUCCCAGAGGACAUACAGCUGAAGCCGAGGAGGGACCAUGUCUACCGGGAUGGGUCAACAGCAACCGCCAAAGGAGGAUGAAGAGGAGGAAGAUGAAGAGCAAGGGGAAGAGUUCUCCUUUGAGGACAGUGUGGACGAGGAGAAACUCCAGGAGGACAGGAAAGGGAUCCCCCCUGACUCCAUUUGUUCCGUCCAGUUGGACAGGGUGUCACAAACAGGCGCAGGCUGCACACAACCUCUCAGAACUUUGCCUCCUGCUGGACCGGAGGCCGUCCUCACCGAAGAUGGAGCUGCAAUUUCCACAGCAGAUGUUCCAGUUUGUGAGUCACCCAGCGGGGCCUCGGCAGCGGAGCCCAGUUCCUCUGCUCCUCGCGUGGGAGAGGAGCUCCAGGAGCUUCCUGCGGUGCCGCCAGCCGUUGAGACGCCGACCGGUUCGGGAGGCAAAGAACCCGUGGAGGAAAGCUCCGAGGCCGGGCACCCCUCUGUGGCCGGGCACCCCUCUGUGGCCGGGCACCCCUCUGUGGCCGGGCACCCCUCCGAGGCCGGGCACCCCUCUGUGGCCGGGUACCCCUCUGUGGCCGGGCACCCCUCUGCUACAGCAGCUCCACGCGGGGCUCAAGCUGAGGCGCCGACGGCGGAGGCCUCAGAGGUGAUCUACGACGACGUCCCGAGUGAAGAGCCCCUCUCUCCCGAUGAAGAUAUGAUCUAUGAGGACGUUCAGAGAGACGGCGCUCCUCUGGACGCGGACAACGGAUGGAGCUCCAGCGAGUUUGAAAGCUACGACGAGCAGUCGGAUAACGAGACCAAACAUCCGGCACAGAGCAAGGUCCAGCAGCUCAUGAAGGCGGCGAGAAGCGGCACGAAGGACGGCCUGGAAAAGACCAAGAUAGCCGUCAUGCGCAAAGUCUCCUUCCUGCAGAGAAAAGAUCAAUUGGAAGAGGAGGAUGAUGCAGGAUACCUGGAUGUGGCCGUAUCAGAAUUGAAGCAUCCUCCUCCACAGCUGAGCCCCAUGCCGGAGGGGCUGACCAGCCACCAGGUCGUCAGACGCCAUAUCCUGGGCUCCAUCAUCCAGAGCGAGCAGAGCUACCUGGAGUCUCUCAGGAGGAUCUUGCAGGAAUACCAGAGACCAUUGAUGGAGGCGGAUCCGCGCAUCUUGAGCCCGAGGAAGAUCCGGCCUAUAUUUUACCGAAUGAGGGAGAUCACUCAGUGCCACUCCAUGUUCCAGAUCGCGUUGGCGUCCCGCGUGGCCGAGUGGGACAGCAGUGAGAAAAUCGGAGACUUAUUCGUGGCCUCGUUUUCCAAGUCCAUGGUGCUGGAUGUGUACAGUGAAUACGUGAACAACUUCACCAACGCCAUGGCUUUGAUUAAGAAGGCGUGCAUGUCUAAACCAGCUUUCCUGGAAUUCCUGAAGAAGAAGCAGUCGUCGAGCGUGGACCGGAUCACUCUGUACGGCCUGAUGGUUAAGCCCAUUCAGCGAUUCCCUCAGUUCAUAUUGCUCCUGCAGGACAUGCUGAAGAACACGCCGAAGGGCCACGUGGACCGCCUGCCCCUGCAGCUCGCGCUCACCGAGCUGGAGACGCUGGCCGAGAAGCUGAAUGAACAGAAACGAGUCGCCGACCAGAUUGCCGAGACUCAGCAACUCGCCCGCAGCGUCGGUGAUCGCCUGCUCAGUAAGCAACUGAACUCGGAGCAGGGGUCGCUGGUCCUCUGUGAGACGCUCGUGGAGACGGUGUACGGCGAGAGGGGACAGGUCCUGAAGUCCAAGGAGAGAAAGGUCUUCCUCUUUGACGACGUGCUCAUCUGCGCCAACAUAAAUGUCAAGGGGCCUCCGGAUAUCAGCAGCCUGGUCCCCGUCGGCCCGAAGUACACCAUGAAGUGGAGCGCCCCCCUGCAACAGGUGCAGGUCGUCGAGGUGGGCCAGGAGGGCUGUCAGAGCAAAGACACCCUCUUCCAACAGAGCGGGGUCAAGCGAGCCUCAGGCAAAGCCUUCCUCGGCCCGCCGCGGCUCUACCAGGAGCUGCAGGAGCUGCAACACGACCUUUCCGUGGUGGAGGAGGUCACCCUCCUCGUGGGCACUCUGCAGGGGAUGUACCAGAACCUGAACACCACUGUGGCCCAGGACUGGUGUCUGGCUCUGCAGAGGCUCAUCCGCAUCAAAGAAGAACAGCUCCAGAGCGCUAACAAAUGUCGCUUACGCCUGCAGGUGCCCGGCAGGCCAGACAAGUCAGGGCGUCCUGUCAGCUUCAUGGUGGUCCUCAACACUCCCAGCCCCCUGAGUAAGAUCUCCUGGGUCAACCGUCUGCACUUGGCCAAGAUCGCACAACGGGAGGAGAAUUCAGCCGGCUGGUUGUGUGGACAGGACGAAGGGAAGGCCGUGGCCCCGUUCUCCUGUCCGCUGCUCGCCUGUCACAUGCCCGUCUUCGCCACCAAGUCACCGGAGAGGAAGCUGGAAGCCGCCCUCCACAAUCCGGUCCACUGUGCACUGUUGGGCUUCUCUGCAGCGAGCACAUCCUUACCUCAAGGCUACUUUUGGGUGGCUGGUGGAGAAGGUUCCAACGGGCAGAUAGAGAUCUUCUCCCUCAACAGGCCAAUGCCGAGGACCGUUAAGAGCCUGCAGGUCGGCUCCACCGUCCGAUGUCUGGAAUACGUGCCGGAACCUUCUCCGACUGAGGAAGCGGAGGUCGGAGGUCACACGGCCCCCUCGGGGAUGGGCGCCAACAUUUGCGUCGGCUUAGACGACGGGCGCGUGCUGGCGUACGGCAGCGUGGACACGGCGGCUCAAUGCCUGCGGACCCUGCGCAACCCGGAGGGCUGCCCCGUGCUGUGCCUGAAGCACGCCGCCCGCUUCCUGUUCGCGGGCCUGCGGAACGGGUCCUUGAUGGUUUACGGGAGAAGCGACAGCGAUGAUUUUUGGGACCCGGACUCCAGCAGAUGUGUAAAACUGGGCUCAGAACCAGUGCGGACGCUGCUGGCGUUGGAUGACUCGGUGUGGGCGAGCUGCGGUAACUCCGUCACCGUCGUGGACAUCUCCGGCCUCGGCACUCAGACGUUCGAAGUCCACCCGGACCCGAUGAUCAGCGUGGCACACAUGGCGUGCGCCGGCGGAGGCGUGUGGAUGGCGUUCUCGGAGGGUUCCUCCAUUCGUCUCUUUCACACCGAAACGCUGGAGCUUCUGCAGGAAAUCAACGUCUCGACGCGCUCGACGCUGCUGAACACGGGUCAAAAGAGCAUGCGAGUCACGAGUCUGCUAAUUUGCCAGGGGCUGUUGUGGGUGGGCACCGCCCAAGGCUUAAUUAUCACUCUUCCGGUUCCCAAACUCGAGGGCAUCCCCAAAAUAACAGGAAAGGGAAUGGUCUCUCUGAAUGCACACUGUGGGCCCGUGGACUUCCUGGUGGCCACCAGCAGCGGCCUGUCCCCUGAGCUGCUGAAGAGGGACUCCGUCGGGGACGGCCCGGACUCUGCGUUCGGGGGCGAGGACCGCAGUGACACCUCCUCCCAGGAAUCCCUGCAGCAGUCCUACCAGGGGGAGGGGCGGGGCAAAGGACGCGGCGUGCUGCUGCAGUACAAGCUGCGCUCCACGUCGGGUCUGCCCGGGCGGCCGUUGACGGCGCUGGGCGACGAGGCGUCGGACUCCUCCCUGGAGUCUCUGGAGCACAGCGUGGAAGACGGAUCCAUCUACGAGCUCAGCGACGACCCGGAGAUGUGGGUCCGAGGGCGCCCUAGCGAGCGGGACGGGGCGCGCAGGGACAGGGUGAUCUCCGCGGCGGUCAUCUCCGGGGGAAAGGGCUUCCGCAGGCUGAAGGAAGGAGCGGCGGCAGGUACCAGGACAGGUGGGGAGGGCUUAGAGAAUAUUCUUAUGGUAUGGCAGCUCCCGCUGACGGUGUAAUGGGGGACAUCCACGGCCAGGUGAUGGGUAUUUGUAGAUGUAGUCUACCCAGCUUAGCUUCCAAUCAACCGUUCCAUAAAUUCAAAAGGAUUUGAAUAAACAUGCAUGACGUGAAGGUGGAGCUCGACAUGCCUCAAUUCAACCUCAUCGGCAUUUGUUUCACGUGACGGACUUCUGUGUGAGCGACUGUGGGCCGAAGGGGGGGGGGCCCUCGCCUUUGUUGUGUCUGCCAUGCUCUGCAGAGUAAGAGAUGGACAUCUUUUAUGUGACCCUGUGGGAGAGAUCCCAUCUGUUCAGGGCCGAAAGCUGGGGGACUUCCACCGCAUCACAAAGCACAUGAGCAUCACUUUAUUAGCUUCGCCAGCCUUUCCUCUCAUCCCAUACAAUGUGAAUGUAAGACACCUUCCUAUUGUGUCUCGGAAACGGAAUAUCUUUUUCUUUCUUUUUUUUCCUGUCUCGUUGCAGAAAAUGAUAUUUGGUGACGGAUAAAAUACUUUGUUGGGGAGGGUCACGGUGGUACGGACUGGUGUGGGAAACAAAAAGGUACAAUAGUCAAAGGUUUUGAGGAAAAGACGCUUCUUUGUGCCACAUGUUAAGAGUAUCAUCUGCACCCAAAUACUGUAAAUGCCCGAUGUGUGUUUCAUUAUUGGCUCGACAGCGACAAGCAAAACUCUACAAUCACAUCACGAACAUAUAAAAAGGGCCGCCGCCAUCAGCUGUGCAUCGUGCACGUUUAACACCCAACAUGACUCUGAUUUACAUCGCAUGGCACACGUCUGUAUUACAAUUAACACGCCGCGAUGUAUUUGAUCUUCUGCGUCCCAUCGAAAACCUUUUUGUCCGCGCAAAUAUUAAUGCAAAUAUUAAUGAUCGAAAAAUACGAGGACGCACGGAAAUAUCUCGGCGUGCCUGUUGGGUGGAAACAUCUUUAGACGGUGCGUCUUUAACAACCUUCUAACCACUUUUACUUAUCGCAUCGUUAGAAUAUAAAGUUUGUUGAAUCGUUUGCUGCAGAAGCAGUGAGUGCAAUAUCGCGUUCACUUCAUAACUUCCUCAUUUAAAUGUCUGCUACGCAUUGGCAGGCCUGUACACGCACGGCCUGUUGGCAUUGCGUGCACAACAAGUAUGUGCAUACAUUUCACAGCGUGCCGAGCGAGUGGGCGGAGGCCGCGCACGCAAGCCAAGUAUGAAGAUCUUUUGUGUAUUUUCAAUAAACAGAGCGACGGCGAAGGUUACGGUAUGUCAUUUUUUUCUACUUAGCCUCCUUUCCGCCGCAACAUGGAAUAUCAUCUCAUCUUUCCACGCGGAUUGAAGCGUGAACGUUGUGUGUUUCGACCCCCAGAGGCAACGCGGAGGUUUAUUUAGUUCCUUUUCUUCUCCGCGAAACACAACCGGAGCAUUUUAAAACAUCCUCCGUCAGCCGUAAAAUAAAUACGAUGAUGUAAACCGUGUGCUGUCAUCUAAAUGUAAAUCUCAAUGUCGCGUCAGAACUGUAUACUAACGGGUCGCUAUAGAUGCUGUUUGUUCAACCUCAACCAGAUGAGGAGCGCCAUUUCCCUGGACAAGAGGACAGUCUGGUGACAUUUGGUACAUUUCAUCGCGUACAGGUAUCAUCCAUGCACUGAAUACGAAUACUUAUGAAUGAAACGUACUGUACUACUAAUUAAAACGGCUACUGUACUAAUUUAACCUGCAUUUUUAUUUUGUAACGUGGACUCUGUAACAGUGUUGGAUGUUUUUUUUUUUUUUAAAUGAGACAGUGGACGCAAUUUAAAGGGAGAUUCUCGUUCAUUACGAAUUCUGGAUGUUGUAUUGUUUUUUUAAAAAUUUGGCCAUCAUUUAUGGUUACACCUACGCCAUGAGUUUAAAAGACGAGACAUGACAAGAAACACAGUCACAUGAUCAUACCGUUCAUUUGGGGGGGGUAUUUUGGAAGACAGAAACAGGAAAGUAUUACAUCUGAUAGCUAUCCUGUCUGUUUACAGACCAACUUUGACCUUUACGACCUGUGUGAUCACCUGACCCCGUUUCUCGACCCCGUUACAAGUGAAAUCUCUGAAAUGAUGGCCAAAUCCUACAGAAGCAUGGUUACAAAAGAGAAGUCAUGAACCCGGAGUUAAAGUAUUACUUCUCACAGGCAUGUAGAAACCAUUUUGGUAGAAUACUGGUGAAGUGUUACAUGUCUAAACAUUGUCUAACAAGCGUACGAUGAAUUAAAUACAUGUUUAAACUUG